AUGAGUCAGCCGGAAGCUGGCGUCAGCCAUAGUGCCGGACAGUCAGCUGCUGUCGAUCAGAUAGUGGACCACACUGUCUCUGUCGGUCAGACGGUUGGCCAUCCAACAACUGACCAUCCAACAUCUGGCCAUCAAACAUUUGGCCAUACAACAUCUGGCCAUCAAACAUUUGGCCAAUCAACGGUGGCCCAGUCAGCACCUGGACAGCCCAUAGAUGGCCAGUUAACUGCUCAAAUGACGGCCAGCGGCACGGCCGGGAAUCACGUGACCGGCCUCCAGCUACUGAAGGAGAAACUGCUGGGCGACAACGUCAAGCCCUGCAUGGGGAUGUGCAUGAUCGCCUUCGCCAUCCCCCUGCUCGUGCCGGGGGUGACCUUGACCGUGGUGGCCAUGGAGGACGAGACGGGGUUCUCCAAGUUCAGCGCGCUGCACGUCAUCGGCAUGUUGAUCCUGGCCGCCGCCAUCAUGCUCUUGGUGGUUGGGAUAGUGCUCAACAUCCAGUUCCAGUCUAAGGUGUCCCCAGACACGGACGUGUCGACUCACGAGAAGGGCGCGGGGCUGGAGGCGCGGCUGGACUCCCGGGGCGGCUACCACCCGGAGCGGGACCCGCAGCUGUACGGCCACGGCUUCGUCAAGCAGCUGCAGCCGGCCUCCUACUGCGUGGAAGCCGGUACCAGCACCGCCAGCGAUCUCGGCUGCGACGCCGGCACGCACUCGGAAGUGGGAGCGGCGCGUCUUGUGAUCGGCGCACCGGAAGUGGCUGCUACCUCACUAACUAGACACGUAAUACACAACGCAAGUACCUCACUACCUAGCGCUGAUACAGUAAACCCAAAGACGUUUACAUUUCCUCCGUGUGGUUCAUUGAACCCGACCACUACCUCACUAUCUAGUGGUGGUAAGGAUAUCACAAAGACAUUCACGUUUCCUCCGGGCGAUUCAAUAAACACGGGCACUACCACACUACAUAGUGACAGCCCUAACGGCAACGCUUCACUAGCCGAGCCCUCUACAACCAUUGUACCCAACAGCUCGGUACUUCGCGGUACCGGCUCGCUACCUCCCCUACCCAACCGGCAAGGCGUCUCCCUGGUCAGCUCUCCGUCCAGCCAGGAAGUGGCCAGGUACUCCAGCUCCUACGACAGCUACGACACCGACGACCGGUCGUCGGCCUCCUACACCGUCAACUCCGACCGGUCCAGGGACUCGUAUAACCUUGACCUUGACCCGCGCGCGCUCUCGAACGACGCGCUUCCGGUGUUAACGGAAAUCCCCGGUGGACGUUCGAGUACUUUUGAUAACGGAUCCCGUCGGACAGAUAUCCGGAAGUCCGACCCACCAUCUUUGGAGUUCCGGCAAACGAAGGUCAUCGUGCCCCAACACCGGAAUUCCGACUGCUCGGAAAAUCUGCUCCUCCGUAAAGACUCUCACCCCAACAGCCCAGGUUCGAGACCGCGCUUGUAUGCGGUCAGCUCGGAUACAAUUCCCCACCCCCGGGGUGAGUCUAGCCCAGGGGAGAAUCUUCCGGAUCACCGGAACAACGGCUCCACGGCCGGAAGUUCUGGCUCUGUGUUUCCGGCAGAGGAGAAGAGGACCUACCAGCUUCACGAAUCACUGGAGGAGUCGACGGUAGAGGGCGAUAUGGUGGAGACCUCUUGAGCGGAGAGGGGGCAUCUUAAGGCGGACAGGGGGCACCUUAAGGGGCAGAGGAGCCUUCUUAAGGCGGUGAAAGGGCAUCUUAAGGCGGUGAGGGUGCAUCUUAAGGCGGUGAGGGGGCAUAAUUAUAUAUAUAUAUAUAUAUAUAUAUAUAUAUAU